AUGCUUUUCUCCAUCACUUUCGGGGCAUUUCUUUUGCCUACCCUGACCUUAUCUUGUGGAGUAUUAUUUCCCCAUGUCAGGAACGUGGAACUUGAUACCACCGCUCCAAAUGUGAAACGCCAGAACCUCACUCUUCUUCCGACGGAAGGUAGCGGAGUCCACUGGACAGUAUCUCAAAACCUUCGUCAAAUGCAGCUCUCAGACGACGCCUUCAUCUCUCGGGAUCUCGCGAAAUUUAACCACUCACCCAACGUGACGGUCUUUUACCCCAUGGGAGUUCAGAUGAACUUGUCCGAGCAUCUUCAAGACAUGCGGCUGACGUUCUCGACAUUCUCGGACGCUGCACCACAUAACCAUAAUUAUAAGGUCGAAUUUGGAGAGGGCGACUGGACUGUAGUCCUUGCAAGAGCUAAAGGCACCAAUGAUGGACCUCUUCUUGGACCGACCGGCAAUUUGCUACCACCGACGGAGAAGGUUGUGACAUACGAUUUGAUGACAAUUUCUCGAUGGAGCGGGGGCCUCAUGAUGGAGGAGUACCUCUGGACCGAUAACGUUCUGCUGUACCGUGCACUCGGGUUCUUGCCGAGUCCUCCCCCCGAAAACGUGCCUGAUAUUGAACUCAACCCCUACACUUCGCCGGUCUCAACCCUGCCAGACGUUGACGAAUCUCCCACGAACAAAGUGAAGAUGGCUGAAUCGGAUGGUGCGCUCAAUUUUGGCACGUUAAACGCGAAGGAUUUGCAUCUGGCUGAGAAUGUCACGGUUUACGGCCUGACCGACGAGCCACUCAGUCUCAAGAGCUAUCUGACUUGGCUGGAGCAUACAAGGAUUGCGUUCCCGGACCUCCAUGUGCAAAAUCGGCCGUACAGACAGAUUAUCGCUCAGGGAGACUGGACCGCUACCAUCAGCGUGCUGAGUGGCACCAAUACAGGCCCCUGGGCCUUGCCACAGUAUCUGACACCGUCCCCUGUUGCAGCGACAGGAAAGCAAUUCAGUGUCCUGCACUAUACCAUCUGCAGAUGGCAAGACGGCCAGAUUGUUGAGAUGAGACUCAACUUGGAUCUGUUUGGUAUCCUAAACCAGAUUGGCCUCGGUGACUUGAUAUAA